AUGAAGGCCACCACUGCUGCUAUCUUGCUAGCAUUUUCCGCCGCUGUCGAUGCUCGACCUGCGGUCGACACUCGCUAUCCCUAUAAAGGCCCCGCAGUGCCCAUCGGCGACUGGGUUGAUCCUACGAUUAAUGGUAAUGGCAAGGGUUUCCCUCGUUUGGUCGAGCCGCCGGCUGUCAAGCCGGCCACCUCCCACCCGACCAACAAUGUCAAUGUGAUCUCGUUGUCGUAUCUGCCCGAAGGCAUUCACAUUCACUAUCAGACGCCUUUUGGUCUAAGCGAAGCUCCGUCGGUGAAGUGGGGGAGUCAUCCCCGCCAACUGAACAAGCUCGCAAGCGGCUAUACCCACACCUAUGAUCGUACCCCAUCGUGCUCGCAGUUCAAGGCCAUCACGCAGUGCAGCCAAUUCUUCCACGAGGUGUCUUUGGACCAUCUCGAGUCUGGUACCACCUACUAUUACCAGAUCCCAGCUGCCAAUGGCACCACCCAGUCCGAGGUGCUGAGCUUCAAGACGGCCCAGAAAGCUGGUGACCCCAAGGAGUUUACCGUGGCUGUACUGAACGACAUGGGGUACACCAAUGCCCAGGGCACCCACAAGUACCUGACGGAGGCUGCCAACGAGGGCGCCGCCUUUGCCUGGCACGGCGGUGAUAUCAGUUAUGCCGACGACUGGUCCUCUGGGAUCAUGGCCUGUGAGGAUGACUGGCCAGUUUGCUACAAUGGCACCAGCAGCUCGCUCCCUGGGGGAGUUAUUACGAAUGAGUACAAGAAGCCCCUGCCAAAAGGUGAGAUCCCGAACCAGGGUGGUCCUGAGGGUGGUGAUAUGAGCGUUCUGUACGAGUCCAAUUGGGAUCUCUGGCAGCAGUGGAUGGGCAUGAUUACCAAGAAGAUCCCUUACAUGGUUCUCCCUGGCAAUCACGAGGCUGCCUGCGCCGAGUUCGAUGGCCCUGGUAACGUUCUGACUGCUUAUCUCAACGACGAUAUUGCCAAUGGCACUGCUUCCAAGGAUAACCUCACCUACUACAGCUGCCCGCCUUCUCAGAGAAACUUCACUGCUUUCCAACACCGUUUCUACAUGCCCGGUGCCGAGACUGGUGGUGUCGGCAAUUUCUGGUACUCUUUCGACUAUGGUCUGGCCCACUUCGUUUCCAUCGAUGGCGAGACGGACUUUGCCAAUAGCCCCGAGUGGUCCUUUGCAGAGGAUGUCUCCGGCGAUGAGACUCUUCCCACUGAGUCGGAGACCUUCAUUACUGACAGUGGUCCAUUUGGAGCUGUCGAGGGUAGCGUGAAGGACACUAAGUCCUAUGCCCAGUACAAGUGGCUGAAGAAGGAUCUCGCCAGUGUAGACCGCAAGAAGACUCCGUGGGUGAUUGUCAUGAGCCACCGUCCGAUGUACAGCUCGGCCUAUUCUUCCUACAUGACGGAUAUUCGUGAGGCAUUCGAGGGUCUCCUGCUUGAGUAUGGUGUUGACGCCUAUCUUUCCGGUCAUAUUCAUUGGUACGAGCGCUUAUACCCUCUCGGCACAAAUGGUACCAUCGACACCGCCUCUAUCGUGGACAAGAACACCUACCACACCAACGCCGGCAAGUCCAUCACCCACAUCAUCAACGGUAUGGCAGGCAAUAUCGAGAGCCACAGCGAGUUCAGCAGCGGCCAGGGCCUGACCAACAUCACUGCUGUUCUGAACACGAAGGAGUAUGGAUUCAGCAAGAUGACCGUUGUGAACUCCACUGCUCUAAAAUGGGACUACAUUCGGGGUGACGACGGCUCUGUUGGCGACUCGCUCUGGUUGCUUAAGCCGGCCAGUGAGCACAAGUCUCACGGCAAGAGGCCUAGUCCUAAUCACGGCGAAAAGUCUCAUCCU